AUUAUGUUCCCCCACCCAUAACUACUAUUUAGACUCAUCUAUAAAAGUUAUCUAACAGUUUCUUGUUAUUCGACAGAAUGAUAAGGGUUUUUUUCUGUUUACUUUUAUGAUCAUCAGUUUAAAAUUUGUGAUUAUACACAGAGAAAACUGUUUUAUAAACUACCGGGAUUUACUAUAAUCUCUCAAUCUUUGCAGUGUGGAAAACAGUAAACAAACAAAAAAAUGGAUGUGCUUUAGCAUAUUGAAAACCAUGUCAAGAAAAGAUCGAAAAAGAGUUAAUCCCAUUGAAGAGUCAAGGAAAUGGAGUGAAAAGAAUAUUGAUCCACCAGGAUUUAAUAUAAGUUUAUUUGAGAACAAAGGCAGAGGAGUCAGAACAACUGUCCGCAGAAAUGCAGGCGACUUUUUGUUAGUGUAUACAGGAAAGGUUAUAACAAAGAAGGAAGGUGAGAACUUGGAAGAAGGGUUCUCAUCUGGCUACAGAUUUUGUUUACAGAGAUUUGUGAGGGAAGUCAAAUUACAUACUUUAUUCCUGUGCACUGUUUGAAUCCUAAAUAAAAAUCCCCUCUCUGUUAUACUACUCUGGCUCCAAUUGAUGACUAUCUCAGAUCAUUAGCUUCAAUUAAUCUAUAUAUUGAUAAACUAAUUCCAUUUCUACAUCACUCUAACUCUAUAAAAAUCUUAAAGGGCCUAAAGAAAAAAUAGGUUUGUUUCCGCUUUCCCAACCAACCCUGAAAAAUACUGCCAUCUCAAAACUUUUUUUUUGCCAUUUUUCAGUGAGGGUGUUAAAUUUUUUUUUUUUUUUUUCAGAUCAUCUAUUUUUUAAAAAUUUAGUCAGAGAAACGUUUGGACAAGUCUGUUUAUUACAUCAACGUUGAAAAACGCUUGAAAUUAAAAAUGGCAGCACAUUCUGCAAACUAUAGCACCCAUGCAAGGCUCCGAUUAUCAAAAGCUAACUCAUAAAACUUGACCACUCUAGACGUUAAUUUGCUUCAUAACGCAUUCUAAAAUCACUAUAAUAAUUACAACUAAUACACUAAAAUUUACUCCUCAUCACAUACAUGAAGAAACAUCACAACUACUAGUAUACAACAGUCUGCAUAAUAUUAUAAUAAUGAGAGUGUUGUGUUGUGCAGUACUAUGUUUAUAUAUAAUACAAUAACCAGGAAUUAUUUGCAUGCACUUG